GCAUGUAGCAGAUGCUAACUAGCGAAACUCCGGCGAACAUGUCCGUCAGAUAGUUCGUAGGAAGUUCGGAAAAGGACGCAGAGUUCCCGCAGUUCCGGUUCGCGAGUCUCUGCGAGGAUGUUUUCUUCCGCCUGGAAUUUUAUCAAACGUCACAAAAAGAAAUUCCUCUUCACCGGAGCUGUCGCUGGAGGGGUCUACCUCCUGGGUAAAUAUGCCCAGAAGAAGAUCAUGGCGCUCCAGGAGAAGGAGGCGAUGGACUACAUCGCUCAGGCCAGAAGGCAGUUCCACUUCGAGAGCAACCAGAGGACGUGCAACAUGACGGUGCUGUCCAUGCUCCCUCCACUGAAAGAAGCCAUCGUCAUUCAACUCAACUCAGAAAGUCUCACUUCACUACUCAAGACCAAACCGGCCAACAAACUGGAGAUCUGGGAAGAUUUAAAGAUCAUCAGUUUCACUCGCACCGUCGUUGCCGUGUACAGCACCUGCAUGUUGGUGGUUCUACUGAGAGUCCAGCUGAACAUCAUCGGUGGAUAUCUGUACCUGGACAACUCUGUGGGAAAGAACGGAACGACACCACUCGCUCCUCCAGACAUUCAGCAGCAGUACCUGUCCAGUAUCCAGCAUCUGCUGGGAGACGGUUUAGCAGAGUUGAUGACGCUGGUGAAGAAAGUGGUGCAGAACUCACUGGGGGGCAUGUCUCUGAAGCACAGCAUGUCUCUGCUGGAGCUGGAGCAGCAGCUGAGUUGGAUUCGAGCGGAGGUGGAGGCCGGCUCCGAUCGCUCUCUGUCGUGGUACAUGCUGUCUGACGACGAGGACACGCUCGCGGACCAGGCGUGUGGACUGACAGAGAACGACUUGAUGACCAUCAGACUGCUGAACGAGACCAGAGACAUGUUGGACAGCCCGGACUUCACCACCGUCCUGAACGCCUGUCUGAACCGGGGCUUCUCUCGUCUCCUCGACAACCUGGCCGAGUUCUUCCGCCCGCCUCCUGGUGACUGCGCCUCCAGCGCCGCUUCUGAUAGUCUGUCUGCAGUCAGUCUGCCGCUGGCGAAGAUCAUCCCAAUCAUGAACGGUCAGAUCAACACCAUCUGCAGUGAAACUCCCAGUCACUUUGUCCAGGAGCUGCUGCUCAACGACCAGGUGAAGGAGUUUGCCGCCAACGUCUACGACGCCUUCAGCACUCAGGAGGAGCUGCAGAAAUAACACCAUGGACCAAUCAUGAGGAGGAUGAGGAGGAGGAGUACAGUGUGAUCAUAAUCAGAGAUAGAAGAUGAAGAUGAGUCGUGGACUUGUUGCCCCUCCCUCCUCUCUGUGAGAUGGUUUCCUCCUCGCCAUCGCUCCAGCAUCUGACUCUGUUGGAGCGUCUGCUCUGGGAACCAUUCCGUGAUGGAUCAUUGAACUGGUAUAGGAGGAGGAGGAACCUUCGCAGGUGAUCAACCCCUGGAUAAAGCAAUGCAUCUUGGGAAUUUAAGAGUCUUGAAGGAAGAGACGUUUCUGUUAAGAGCUGAACGCCACGUUUCCAAACAAGUCGUCGCCGAUCAACUUCGGUUUAAUUAGUUAAUCACAGGUUUUAGAUGAUUUCCUCUUUUUGUUCUAUCAGCUGUGAUUUCACGUCUCCGGCGGUUUGGUCGACGCCCUCGCUGUGUGUCCAGAUCUGAAGGGUUUACAAUCUGUUGGGUUUUUAUUUUAAACUUUGAUACGGUGGUAAAGGGAUGUGGUGAUAUUCAGGCUUUUUUUAAAUUUGACUUUUUGCUUUGAUUAUUUUUGUCACGGUGUUUAAAGAACUCUGCAGCAGCUCCGUCCUUGUUCAGCAGAUUUUACAACUUCUAAACACACAAUGAUCACUUUGAAGUGCCACUGAUUCAAAUUGAAUAUAUCAUAAAGUUAACAUGAUUAAACACUAAAUAUGUGAACAGAGCCCGAGGUGCACGACCCUCAGUGACUCUCAGCUCUGUUUGCAUCUUUUCACACGAGUCACCCCUUCUGCUGCGAAGUUUAACAAAAUAAAAGAACCUUAAUAUUAAAAAAUGUGCAUAAAGAAAAUGUACAAUAACAUGAUUUCAGAAAACCCCAUGUUUCUGUAGUUUGGCCAGCAGGUGUCACCCUUACUCUGCUACUGUGAAAACUCAUCCUGUCAAUUCAUAGAAGGAAAUUCAUUAUAUUUAAAAAAUAAAAGAAUCAAAUUAACUUAAAUUAAAAUGUUUUUGUGAUUCUAUUCUCAACAGUGUUGUUACCCCCUACUGGUUUUAUCCCUAAAACUGUAACAGCUCGUUUUGUAGGAGCGAACAUCAUUAUUAUUAAUAUUAUUAUUAUUGAUAUCAUUAUUAUAGUGAAAGGUUCCCCCACAGACUCUUCUUGUCACCAACUGACUCAGCUUCACAUCAGGAACUCGUUCACCUUCAGUUCUGUUCAACAACAAAACUCCCGUCUGUGAAAAUCCUCCAAUAAACAAACCUUCAGCCUCGUGAAGCAGGAAGCAGUUUGAAAGAAAAUAACUGAUUGCUGGAGCGAUGCUGCCUGGUGGGACUCCCCCCCCCCCCCCCCCCAACUUCCUGGUCCCUGGGUUAGUUAACAAACCGGUGAGAAUGUAAAACGAUGUCUGUCAUCAGUGACGCGUGAACGACCGCGGAAAUGUGAGUUUGUAGAAAAUGAUUAAAGAGAAAAAUAAAUCAA